AAGCUCUUGUCUUUCUGAUACGCGCAGUCCGUUGCCUUACCUUUUCAGCUCACUGCGCUGCCUCAUAGUCAUAUUGGAUAGAGAGAGAGAGAGAGAGAGGUUGUUGUUGAGGCAUUCAAUUCAGUUGAACAGCUAGUUUGGCGUGUCCUUCUUUCUUCUUCACGCCAAUGGCGACCCCCUCAUCUCCGGCUUAGGCUGCUGCCCCUCUCUUUUCCCCUCAAGUUAGUUACUCUUUGAGCGCCUCUUCUUCUGGUUUCCCCAUCCAAUGGCCGACCGGAUCAACCCACUGAAGAGAAGCUUCGGUGACAUGAUCACUCCAACUCCAAACCCCCACGUAGGUUCCGCGCCGGACGUUCCAAAUACCUCCGCCGGCGAAAACCCGGCCAGCCAACUGCCGGUUCGAUUCCUUACACCCAGAAGUUACCAAUUCGAUGUUUAUGAGGUGGCUAAGCGGCGGAACACAAUAGCUGUGCUGGAUACGGGUGCGGGGAAGACUAUGAUAGCAGUGAUGUUAAUAAGGCACAUUGGUCAGUCUAUCAAGUCCUCUGGCCAUAGGAAAUUGAUUGUGUUCUUGGCACCUACAGUCCACCUUGCAAACCAGCAAUGUGAGGUGAUCAAAGAUCAGACCGGCUUUGAAGUGGAAGUUUACUAUGGCGCCAAGGGGGUGGAUGAGUGGAACUUAACUCAGUGGCAGAAGGAAAUUGAUGAACGUGAUGUAUUGGUGAUGACACCACAAAUCCUCUUGGAUGCAUUAAGAAAGGCAUUCUUGAAUAUGGAACUGAUAGCCUUAAUGAUAAUCGAUGAAUGUCAUCGUGCUACAGGAAAUCAUCCAUAUUCAAAGAUAAUGAAGGAGUUCUACAUGAACAGCAAUGCUAAGCCAAAGGUGUUUGGUAUGACAGCCUCACCUGUUGCAAAAAAGGGUGUGUCUUCUCCGCUUGAUUGUGAAGAUCAGAUGUCAGAACUUGAGAGAAUAUUGGAUUCUCAGAUCUACAGUAUAAAAAAUAGAGCAGAAAUGGAAGAGUACGUCCCCUCUGCAAAGGAAACCUGUAAAUUCUACGAUAAACCUAGGUUUAAUGCUUCGGAUCUUAAAGCUAGGAUUGGAGCAUCUUGGUCUAAGUUUGAUACUGCCAUCAUGGAUUUGCAAGGGUCAUUAGAUACUGGUUACAAAGAUAUGGAGGAUAGGGCCAAGGAACUGAGAAAGCGAUUGUCUAGUGACCAUUCAAAGAUUGUGAGCUGCCUUGUCGAUCUUGGCCUUAAAUGUGCUUAUGAGAUUCAUGGAUUGGUGGAUUGAAUCAUGGAUCCAAGUUACAUCUAAACAUUAGACCAAUAUGUAAUUUUUAAAAAGUUGGAGGCUGUCGAAGUUUGUCUCCAGAAAUCUCCUAAGUCCUACGAGGAAUGUGAAAUGUAUAGAGAAAUUUCUCUGCAGCGCAAAUACUUCCUUGAGGAAGUGGCAUCCAUGAUAAGAAACUCUUUGCCACUGGGUGAUGAUUAUGUGUUGGAUCCUGCGCUUGACUAUUUGAAGGCAGUGGAUUCAGGUUACAUGUCUCCAAAACUAUAUGAACUUCUUCAACUUUUCCUAUCUUUUGGGAAAGCUACAGAGGUAUUGUGCCUCAUUUUUGUUGAGAGAAUAAUAACAGCUAAAGUAAUUCAGAGAUUUGUGAAGAAAAUAUCAGUUUUGGAGCACUUUGCAGUUUCUUAUCUAACUGGAACCAACACAUCCGUUGAUGCGCUGGCGCCUAAACUGCAGAGAGAAGUCUUAGAAUCAUUUCGCUCGGGCAAGGUCAAUCUAUUAUUUGCCACUGAUGUGGUGGAGGAGGGUAUUCAUGUGCCAAACUGCUCCUGUGUCAUACGGUUUGACCUUCCUAAGACGGUCCGCAGUUAUGUUCAAUCUCGGGGAAGAGCUCGUCAACAUAAUUCCGUGUUUGUCACUAUGCUUGAGAGGGGAAAUGAGAAACAGAGGGAUCAACUAUUUGAUGUCAUCAGAAGUGACUGGUCCAUGAGAGAUACUGCCAGUAACAGAGACCCUGAAAUGUGGACUCCAAAAGCUUGUCUUCUGGACGAAUUAGAGAUUUAUAUUGUUGAUAGAACUGGGGCAUCAGUUACGGCUGACUCAAGUAUUAGCCUCUUGUAUAAGUACUGUGAAAAGCUUCCUGGUGAUAGGUACUACACGCCAAGGCCAGCUUUUGAAUUUAAGCUUCUUGAUAAGGCUUACCAGUGUAACAUAAAGUUACCUCCUAGUGCCAUUUUCCAUACCCUAGCUGGUCCUGUAUGUAGGAAUCAACAAUUAGCAAAGCAGCUCGCUUGCUUGGAAGCUUGCAAGAAGCUGCAUCAGAUGGGUGCUUUAGACGAGCAUCUUCAACCAGUGUCUGAUGAGCCUUCAGGAAAAGAUCUCAUGUUGAAAAGCAAAGAAGCAUCUGCAGGCGCAGGGACUACGAAGAGGAAGGAGUUGCACGGGUCGGUUCGCAUCCGUGCAUUAUCAGGCAGUUGGGGAGACAAACUUGAUGGAGUUACGUUCCAUGCCUACAAGUUUGACUUCUCCUGUAAUGUUCCAAGCCACAUUUAUUCCAGUUUUGUUCUUCUGAUUGAAGCAAAGCUUCAUGAGGAUGUAGGAAACAUUGAGCUCGAGCUUUAUUUAGUUGGAAAGAAGGUUAAUGCUUCUAUUUCUUCAUGCGGGGAGCUGCAUUUGGACAGUGAACAGGUGAUAAACGCCAAGUGUUUUCAAGAACUUUUUUUCAAUGGUUUGUUUGGAAGGUUGUUCACUGGAUCCAAGGCUGCACGGAAGUUUUUACUUUCAGAAGACACAACACUUUGGAAUCAGUCAUAUAUGUAUCUCCUUCUGCCGCUUGAAACCUCGUGUACCUCAAGUGCAGACUCUUGGUCGAUAAAUUGGACAGGGAUAUGCGAUUCCGCUUCUGCUGUUGCAUUUAUGAAGAACAUCUCUGUGUUUGCUUGCGAGGGUGAUAGAAUAGACCAAUCAGCUCAUACAUCUGGGUCAUCUGUUCAAGAACCCAAUGACUCCCUUAUGAUUAAUUUUGCUAAUGGUUCAGCCAAUAUCAAUGAUGUGAAUGAAAUGGUUGUAUUAGCAAUUCAUACAGGGAGAAUAUAUUCAAUUGUUGAAGCCGUUAGUGACAUGUCUGGAGAGAGUCCUUUUGAUGGAAAUUCUGAUGAUGCUCCAGCAAAGUACUCUACAUUUGCUGAAUACUACACUAAGAAAUAUGGGAUCGUGCUCAAGCAUCCGAGACAGCCUAUGUUGCGUUUAAAGCAAAAUCACAAUCCACAUAACCUUCUUGUGGACUUCAAUGAUGAAGGUGCAAAGAAACGCAGCAGCAUUGUGGGCAAACAGCGCCAGUAUGCUCAUCUGCCUCCUGAGGUUUUAAUAAGGAUUAAUAUUCCGGUCUCUGUUUUAAAAGCAAUGUACUUGCUUCCAUCUAUCAUGCACCGUCUCGAGUCACUGAUGUUAGCAAGUCAACUUAGACAAGACAUUGGUUGCUCUGUGGCGAACUUCCACAUCUCCAGCUCACUGAUUCUAGAAGCAAUAUCAACAAGAAGAUGUUGUGAGAAUUUCUCUUUAGAGCGAUUGGAGUUGCUAGGGGAUUCCGUUUUGAAGUAUACCGUGGGCUGUCACUUCUUUUUAAAACACCCUGGUCGACAUGAAGGUCAAUUAUCUUCUCUUCGCUCUUAUGAGGUCUGCAAUUCAACACUACGGAAACAUGGAACUGAUUGCAGAAUACAGGAAUAUAUACGAGAUGGUCCUUUUGACCCGCGUCGUUGGGUUGCUCCAGGACAAAAAUCCAUACGCCCAGUACCUUGCAAUUGUGGCAUUAAUACUUUAGAAGUGCCACUGGAUGAUUCCAAAUUUCAGACUGUGGAUCCUAACAUCAAAGUCGGAAUCACUUGUGACAUGGGUCAUAGAUGGAUGGGCUCCAAAACUGUCUCCGACAGUGUUGAAGCUCUUAUAGGUGCUUACUAUGUGGCUGGUGGACUGGUGGCUGCACUUCAUGUGAUGAAUUGGAUUGGUAUUGAAGUGGAACUUGAUCCUUCAUGUGUUUCUCAAGCCAUUGCCAGUGCCUCUUUGAGGACUUAUAUUCCAAAUGAUGAUGAGGUUAAAAGCCUUGAAUCAAAGUUGGGUUAUGCAUUCACCGAGAAGUUUAUGUUACUGGAAGCAAUCACACAUCCAUCCAUGCAAGAGCAGGGAGUGAACUAUUGCUAUCAGAGACUUGAAUAUCUGGGUGACUCAGUUUUGGAUUUGCUGAUCACAAGGCAUCUUUAUGAAAACCACAAAAACCUUGAUCCUGGCGAGUUGACGGACCUACGUUCGGCUUCUGUCAACAAUGAGAGUUUUGCUCAAGCUUGUGUGAAACAUAACCUCCAUAUCCAUCUUCGUCACUGUUCCACAUUACUCCUAAGUCAAAUAACUGAAUACCUCAAGUCUUCUGAUGGAUCAAUAGAAGCAACAAGUUUAACUGCUAGCACAAAGGGUCCCAAGGCUCUUGGAGACCUAGUGGAGAGUAUUGCUGGGGCAGUUUUGGUCGAUACUGGGCUCAAUUAUGAGGAGGUUUGGAGAAUAUUUGAGCCUCUGCUAUCUCCAAUUGUAACUCCUGAAAAACUUGAGCUAGCUCCAUAUCGCGAGUUGAUAGAAUUCUGUGGCUCUCUGGGAUAUUUUACAAAGGAGGAAUGUGUGAGUAAAGGGGAAAUGGUGCAUGCUACCCUUACCUUGCAGCUGGAUGAUGUCCUCUUGGUUGGGGAAGGGUUUGAUCAGAAGAAAAAGCAUGCCAAAGGGAAAGCAGCUUCCCACUUGUUAAAACAGCUUGAGAAAAGAGGGUACUCCAGGAGCGGUGCGAAGAAAAGGAAGCAUGGGACUGACUGUGUUUCUGCAUCUCCUCCCGAGAGCUUGGAGAAGGGAGAUGUCAACGUGAUAACCAAGGUGAAAAUACAGAAGACUGAGGAAAAUGAUAUGCUUGCACUGCCAGAUGGAGCUCCUUCCAUUUUGAGCAGUAGUAAAAGGGAAACCCCAGUUAUCGAAUCAAUAAACAUGAAGAAAGGAGGACCUCGGAUCACUCUGUUUGAGCUGUGCAAGAAAGUCCAGUGGCCAAUGCCUACAUUCAAAACUAGCGAACAUAAGUCCAGAUCACCCAUGGAAGUCGAUGAUAUUGGCGGUAAAAGAACAGCUUUCAACACUUUUACAACUAAAAUCAAGUUGAAUAUACCUUGGUUCGGUAUCAUUGAGUGCGACGGGGAAGCCAGAGCUGAUAAAAAGAGUGCUUAUGACUCGGCAGCUCUGGCCAUGCUCAAUGUGCUUCAAGCGAAGAGUCAAUUGAUCAUCACUAACAAAUAAAAGUAUGGCGAUACUAUGUAACUGGGGGCUUGUUGGUGCAGCAAGUAUGUAUAUUCUAGCUAAGGAAGGUUUGCCAGUCUCUGUAACCUAUUGUCCAUUAUGUGUACACAACUAAGGAACGAGCAAAACACAUAGAUGUGAUCCAGAACCUGUAGACAAGUAAAACCAGUUACUGAAAAAAGUUUUCAAACUAGGCCCCAUCUCAGGAAACCAAUCGACCGGAAAUAGGAUAGUGAGGAAAGGGUUGCAGAAAAUGAGUUCAGUUUUCUCCCUAGAACACAAGGAAAGCAAAGGGUAGGAACACCAUAGAAAAUGUGAUGAGGUCAUCAAGACCAAGUCUGCUCAAGAGGAAGGCCCAAUGAAUAGUGCAAAGGCUAAACCUUUAAGAAAGUAAAUUGGAAGUUAUUUGAGUGCACAAUUGAAGGAUAUGGACGUGGAGUUGCAUGAAGGAAAGCCCAUUACAUUGCUACAAUUUGUGGAUCAAAUUCAAGAGAAGAUGACUUGGAAGAAGGUAAGGAAGAUUGGGCUUAAGAUGAUUUCUCCAUGAUGUGAAAGGAACCAUAGGUGUGAACACAAGGGGCAGAUUUGAACGCAUGGAUUAAGGGGGGAUUUUGACCUUGUCUUUUCUUGCUUGUUAAGGUUUAUUUAUCCUUUUUAGAGUAGGAUUUUAUGAUCCUUUGUAGUUUGGUUUUU